AUGUCUAACACAGAUAACGUGGCUGAGGCCGCUCCUCCGGCCUACCUCAAUGACACUGCCGUAGAGCAGGUCACCGUGACCGACGAGAAGAGGGAUUACAACGUUGAUAAGGAGGCUCUUUCGAUCACUGUGGACGGCGAGGAGCCCAAUGACGAUGAGAAGCGCUCCCUUCGCCACGUCGCAGAGAACUUGCCCCUCUCAGCAUGGCUGGUGGCUAUUGUCGAGCUUUGUGAACGUUUCACCUACUACGGCAUGUCUGGCAUGUUCCAGAACUAUGUUCAACGUCCCCUCGACGGCAGUGAGGGACGUGGUGCUCUGGGCAUGGCUCACCAGGGUGCCACUGGUCUGACCACUUUCUUCCAAUUUUGGUGUUAUGUUACCCCCAUCCUCGGUGCCAUUGUUGCUGAUCAGUACCUUGGAAAGUACAAGACCAUCGUCUGGUUUUGCGGCAUCUACCUCAUCGGUCUCUUGAUUCUCGUUUGCACUUCCAUCCCCGUUGCCUUGGAAAACGGUGCUGGUUUGGGUGGUUUCAUUGUGGCCAUCUUGAUCAUUGGUCUGGGAACUGGUGGUAUCAAGAGUAACGUCGCUCCCUUGAUUGCGGACCAGUACAAGCGCAAGAAGAUGGCCGUCUCCACCACACCCAAAGGUGAGCGUGUCAUUAUCGACCCGGCUCUGACCAUCCAGCGUAUUUACAUGAUCUUCUAUGGAUGCAUUAACGUUGGUUCUCUGUCUUUGUUGGCCACCCCAUACAUGGAGAAGUACAUUGGUUUCUGGUCUGGCUACCUGUUGUGUCUGUGCAUGUUCGCCGUUGGUACCCUUACCCUGGUUCUGGGUCGCAAGUACUACGUGGUUCGCCCUCCCCAGGGCUCCAUUAUCACCGAUGCCUUCAAGGCUGUGGGAAUGAUGAUUGUUAACCGCAACAUGGAUGCCCCCAAGCCUAGCUGGCAGCUCGAGAACGGCAACGCCGAGGCCACCGUGCCCUGGGAUGACCACUUCAUUGAUGAGCUUAAGCGCGCGCUCGUCGCGUGUCGCGUGUUCGCUUUCUACCCUAUUUACUGGGUGGUGUACGGUCAGUUCUCUAGCAACUUUGUCACCCAGGCCGGUCAGAUGAAGGGUCAUGGAAUCCCGAACGAUCUGAUGCAGAACUUCGACCCCAUUUCCAUUAUCGUGUUCAUCCCCUUGCUGGAGAGUCUCGUCUACCCCGCCAUGCGUCGUAUGAAGAUCCCCUUCCGUCCCAUCACCCGUAUCGCCCUUGGUUUCGUGGUCGCCUCGCUGGCCAUGAUGUACGCCGCCAUUGUCCAGCACUUGAUCUACUCUGCUGGACCCUGUUACGGCAGCCCGCUCUGCGCCGCGUCUGAGGUUGACGGUACCGCCCAAGGCAACAACGUUCACAUCGCCAUCCAAACUCCGGCUUACGUUCUCAUCGGUAUUUCCGAGAUCUUUGCCUCGGUCUCCGGUUUGGAGUACGCCUACACCAAGGCCCCACCUUCCAUGAAGUCUUUCGUGCAAUCGAUGUACCUCCUCACCAACGCCUUCGGAUCCGCCCUCGCCGAGGCCCUUACCCCGGCCGCAUUCGACCCGGCUGUUAUGUGGAUGUUUGUCGCUCUGGCUUGUGCCUCUUUCCUGUGCGGUAUCAUCUUCUGGUUUGUGUUCCACCACCUCAAUGCGCAGGAGGAUGAUAUGAACGCUCUUGAUGCCGACGAUGGAAUGCCCGAGGCUCCCGUUGAAGAGGAGCGUCGUCUAUCUACGAAGCAGUAG